GCCGUCCACACGCGUGGACAAGGUGCAAGGCCCGAGGGCUUUUCUGAAUAUGUUCCUCCCAAACGUGAGCGAAAUCCUGCUUCUAGAAAUCCUGCUCAUCGCUAUGAGCGCCCACCGCGUGUUGAUCUGCCCUCUCUUCCCAUUGAAUUUGUGGACAAGGGGACGGACCCGAUGCCCCCCCGAUACAAGGAUGUUGGUACCCAGACAGACAUAGAUCUGACAAGUUUCCCAGAGACUCCCACAGGAAAGCGACGUCGAGAGGCCGGGGAGGAGCCUGAAUCCUCGUCCAAGCGCGCCCGCAAUGCCAUCACCCCGCCGCCCAGAGCCAAACCCUUCUUUUCUUCAACUUGGAGGACCCGAUCUGCGCUCUCUGUUCCCCCCAAGAUUUCGAUUCUGGAUUCCCCAACCGGUUUCAUUCACAAUCCCCCCUCUGCCGAACCCCUACGCGAGUCGCCAUUCUACUCCCAAAUCCUCAAGCCCACGGCGGACGAGAAGAUCGACGCAAAGGACACGGACGAAGCCCCUCCACAAACCCCGAAACAACAGAGUAAUUCCAGCCAGCCUGGUAUCUUUGGAAGUGUCAAGAAGAUCUUUGGGCUCUUCAAGGCCUCCUCUCCGACUAAAUCUAACACCGAGGCAGCGCAGGAAGUGAAUGAACCCCCUCCACCCCCGCCUUCACAACAAACCCUAUUCCCGGGCCUUGACGAAACCUCUCCGCCUAAAUCGCCAGAAGGUCCGCCCCCUCCUCACGUCCACCAGGCAGCAUACGAUCAGUACUUUAAACGCCGUCGUUACGGUGAGACCAAGUCAGGACAAGCAUUCUUGGCUGCGAAGGCAAGAGAAGUAGAAGUGGAAUUCGAAGCGAUGCCGGGCUCCAACAAGAGAAAGCUGGCAUCUCUGGAUGGCAAGACACCCGGACCCAAAGCAGGUGGCUUUGGGAUUGACGAUAGUUAUCUCGACGUUGACCAUGAUAUCGAGGAUGUUGACUCGAAUGUAGAGCCAACGACACCCACGAAGAAUAUCCUUCAACCUCAAACUCCUCUCCGAUCAGCAUUACGACAGAACGCAACCAUUGGACGCUCUGGCAAGUCAGUCAUGUUCAAUCCCAAUACAGCCGUCAAACAUGUCUACGGGUCAUAUGGACCAGCUGGACAGUACCACGGCAGUGUGUUUUCUGACAAUUCGGCUGCUUCUGACUCAAGUGUCUCGAUGAACAAUCCACGAAGCAUCCUCUCUCCAACAACCCUCGACAAUACCCAAAAGAACGAGACCCCUCGAUUUGAACUCGAUAAUAAUGUUUUCGAUCCAAAUGACAAGAGUUGGCGUCCAUCCCUUGCAAACCCCUCGCCUGGUCGCUUCCGGCUCCCUGAGGCUGACGAGUAUGAUGAUUUUGAUGACAGCGAGUUAUCACUACUUGAGAAAGAGCAGAGAGAAUGUGAGGCGCAAACCAAUGUUCCUCCACAACCAAGCACACCGAGAAUGGCUCAUGCAGAACUGCCUCUACCGUCAUCAUCAAGUGCGAUCUCAUCGUAUGCCGGUCAUCCUGACAGCAUUCUUGCCAAUGACUCACAAGAGAUCAGACUCAACAAGGCUAGGUCCGAGGCACAGAAGUAUAAGCCCGUCAGAUCCUCACGCCUAUCGCACGGCGAGCCAGCACGAUCACGGUCUUCUUCUCCCCCGUUGGCAGCUGGGGAAACGACUGGCGAUUUCACGGAAUCGAACAUCCAGACAUCAACGCCAGGGCCAACAAACUUUCGGCCUCAUUACGAGCCCAACAUAAUCAUGGAAGAGUCUACAAUCAUGGAAGAACCCGCAUUCAAGCCACUUGGCCGGGAAGAGUUAGACAACACGACUGUCGGCGAAGACGGCAUGACAGAUUACCAACGCGAACAUCAGUAUGACGACUGGGCGAAGAACAUCUUCGACAACGUCGCAGUGCAGACCUACGAAGAAGCUGGUGUUGCAAGCUCAUACAUUGCAGAACUGGUCCGACAGAACUGGACACAGAAAGAUACAAACGACUCCAUUGCUUUCUGGAACAAGGAGUUUGACGAAGGAAUCGAGGCCGACAGAGAGGCCCGUGCGGAAGGAAAACGAGUCCUUUGGAUCACUGAUCCGGCUCAGUUGAAGGUUUAA